AUGGCCUUCAACAAGAAAUAUGCCGGCCUUCCUGAUCUGGAUCUGGCUCCAGAUAUCUAUGAGACUCCUGAACUCACUGACGGUUCUACUCUGGCUACUGCGACAGUUCGCUCCCCGUCCCCUUUCCAAGAUGAAUCAUCUAAUCCGGAAAUCGACCGCCAACGGCUUCAGCCAGACCUGGCCCGAUCACACUUCCUCUCAUCCCAUUUGGAUGCUCGCGGUGUGGACUUUUCAGAUAGCAUUGCCUCCAAAAGGAAGUCGUACAAGGCCAUGAGCCACCGGAGACAGCGGCGGGAAGAUGGAACCGAAGUACUAGGAGAUGUCAGCGACGAAGAGGAUGAGUCUCUGGAACGAAAAUUGGCCAGGCUCCGCAGAGAGGCGGAUGAGUUAAAAGAAGAAUUGACUACUCGAAAGGCCUCCCACCGUGAUACGCAAGCCCCUAGUGCUGGAGAUUCAGUUGACGGUGACCAAGAUGCCCUGGACAGUGGCGUGUUGGAGCUAAGUCGGGUGCUGGACAGCCUCCAUACCUACUCAAGAAGCGGUUCGGUACAUUUUACUGCGGAGGAGAUACUCUCACAAAAACUAGGAGGAAGCAUCCCUCCCACCGUACACGCCGCGAAACAACGAAAUGAAAUGUUACAUGGACCCCAAUCCAACGUUCCUGCUGGCCUCCUCUCUAAUGCUGCCGCCUUCGAUGCCCGCCUUACCCUACUUGAAGCAGCCUUAGGCAUCCCCAACACUCCAAUUCCUCACGCUUCGGACGACAACGCGGGACCGCAACCCAUCCUACCCACUCUCAACCAUCUCACACUCCAACUCUCCACCCUCUCUAGCACUCUAACCGGCCCCUCUGCAUCAAUCCCAGACUAA